AUGAUGCUGAAAUCAAAGCUCUGCUUGUUUACUAUCAUGAUAAUAGGCGUGGCUAUCUCUAAAAGGGCAGUCCUUGAAGAUGACAUUGAGUUAGAUGAAGAGGACUAUAGUCAAACCAAUCAUAAAGCUAAUACUCAUUAGCCAGCUUUCUAGAGUUAAUAAUAAGCUCAAUUCAUUAAGCCAUCCAAGAUUGUGACUCAUAAACUCAUGCACAGAUUAGACGAUUCAGCUAAUUGGGAAGAAAGAGGAAUUAUUGAAUUAUCCAAAGACUCAGCAGGAAAGGUGCUCUCAGUGAAGGUUUAAAAUAAUGAUAUCUCGACAGGCGAAAGUCUGAAACAAGACUUUGAAAAUAGCUGCAAAAAGGGAAACUAUUAUCAAGUAUCAGUGCCAGACUUUGACAUUUUUACAUCAAUUCCUGCUUGUCAAUACUCUAAGAAUGGCUAUAAUGACACACUUAUUUUCCAUGCAGAUAAUGCGGGCAACCUAAACGGCAUUUAAUUUGAUGUGAUAGAUUAUCAAUAUCUGGCCACCUUAGAGAAGCACCCAAAAAAGAGAAGAUUAAUGAGCACUAGACAGUAUGAAGUGUUUGACACGAAGUCAAAUCUAUCGCCCAUUGUUGAAGGAACUAGACCUAUUUUCAAUAAAUACAAAUAUGACUCCCUAGGCAAGGAAAUGAAAGAAAAGCUACCCAAGAGUGAAUAGCCAGAAGAAGAGCAGAGUUUCCUGAGAAAAUACUGGCUUUACAUCCUCCUCGCAGCCAUGAUUCUACCUAACUUAUUAGGAUCUGCUGAUGAAGGUGCAGCACAAGGAGGUGCACCUGCUCCAGCUGGCAGAAAAUGA